AUGUUCAAAUUCCGGUCAGAAGUAACCGCAGCACACAAGGCCACGUUCGUACGCGAAUUGAAAAGGCUCAAAAACCUGGAAUGUGUCAAGUCUCAUCGUCUUGUCGUCGGCGGACCAUCCGUAACUGAUCCUAUUGAACGAAGCAAAGGCUUCGAAUUCGCUCUGCUAAGCUUCCACGAGAAUCGCCAGGAGUUGGAUAAAUAUCAAGCAAGUAAAGAGCAUCAUUGGGUGACGAGCACAUAUUUGCUCCCAUACAAGGAAGAUGUGAUCCGCUUCGAUUUUGAGGUUGCGCCAGAGGAAGAACACAUGUGGAAUUUUCUGCCCAUUAUCGGAAUGCUAUGA